GCUGAAGUGGUCUCCCAGCCCGCAGACAUUCAUGGCUGUUUGUGAGAGCUUAUACUAAGAACUCUCUCUGGACUCGAUACUACUAGGUCUUGUCGACAGCACUGACCCAAGUCCCUGUGCCUGGACCUCGAAACAGCCCCCCGUCAAACUCGGUCUCCACCCUGGGGACAGUGCCGGGUGUUGUACUAAACACUCCCCUCCAUCAUCUGCCGUUCCUCUGGCCACCAUCCAUUUCCAUAUACAAGUGCACACUUGCACCAUCAACCUCAAACAUCACUUCCCCGGUGUCUUGAGUAUCGUGUUGUUCCUUCGCUUCCACCACACCUUGCGCCAAACACGUCUCGCGAGAUUCUUUUAUCUCGACUAUCUUGUUUGGCCUGAUCUGUAUCGACAUUGAUGUUCUCAGGACCACGUUACUAGUGACGGGUCAAAGUCCAGGCAACUUGGUCUGGUUGAGGAAGCGGCAAAGUUGAAUAGUUUAUGCUCCCAUGACAACCGCAACGGCAUACCCGGCCACUAUGGCAGAUUUGAGAGGACACCCAGGGCAUUCAAGCAUGUGGUCAAGUUACGGAGGCUCAGUACACAUACCAGGUCGGGUGGCAGAUCCCAUGCCAUCAACUUCUUCGCCGCUCUCAGGACGGACUAGUAGUAAUCAUACCGAGAUGGAUCAGCCCUCUUACCCCUACAGCCGAUAUCCCCAAGACGACCAAGAAGCAUACGACAGACCUGCGCACCCAGAAAUUGUCUCACAUCAUGGCUACCCAAACCUGAAGAGAUCUUUCUCCGAAGCAGAACCACCUGCUUACCAGGAAAUUGUCCAGGAUCUCCGUGAUGACAGCUCCAAGAUGACAGCCAGCCACGAGCACAAGCUCUUGGCCUUCAAGAGAACACAGGAUAAACACACCAUUGUCGACCAGCAAGGCCGCAUGCAACAACUAGAGUUGUCCGCUCAACUCCACGGGAUGUUCUUCCUUUCCGAAAUGCCUGCGAACACAUCGGAUGGCUCGCUCAGACAGCCUGAGUUGACCUGUUACCGAAGAAAUCUUUUUCAAAUCAGCGGCACCCUUGUUACUCCACGAGGUCAACUGUCUGUGAUCACCGAAUCUGGCGAGACUGUUGCAGUCAGUAACAUGGAGGUUACUAUUUCUGCCAUUGAGUCUGUUGAUGGCAACCCGGUCCGAUUAAUCGUGAUUCCGUGGAAAACCCCUCCACCAAACUCACCAGAGACAAACCAAACCCCUGAUCAAGAACCGCAGUCUCUGCCCCUAAUUCCUUUCCAGGACGAUGGGACAGAAUCCGAUGGUGAAUAUGCCGUUUAUCCUAUCGGGUGGCGACGCCUUCAAUUUAGGAUUGCAACUGCAAACAAUGGUCGUCGAAAGGAGCUUCAGCAACAUUUCGUCCUCCAUCUCAAAGUCGUUGGAACAUUGGCCAAUGGUAACAAGACUGUGCUCACGGAAUCCACCACGGCGCCCAUCGUCGUCAGGGGGCGAAGCCCUCGUAACUUUCAAGCUCGAAAAGAGAUCCCUUUGUUAGGAUCCAGUGCAGGAUCCCGAGGACAAGCCCUUGUGGAAACUGGAGUUGGAGUUGUUGCGGGCCCCCUGAGCGCAAAGCACCAGGAAGCGAAACCAAGAGGCAUUGACGCCCAACUCCCGCGGACAGCCUUUACCUUCAACGCGCCAAAGAUCCCGGGUACACAAUUAGGCCCAAUACGAUCUAACUCAUAUCCAACUUGGGGGACACCGCCAGCCCAGGUUCCCUUGGGUCAUAUCCCAACCUCUGGCGCAGAGAGUUACCCUGCGGCGUCAAUGGGCCCUCUGGCUGGUACGGCUAGUUUUCCUGCUGAAUCACAAGGAAUGCCCAUCCAAUCAUCGAUGGAACCCCCUGUGCCCAUAUCCAUGGUAACGAAUGAUUCGGAGCACCCACCAGUCCGAUCCCAGUAUACUUAUAAUAUGCAGACAACGACUGGCCCCCCGCAGUUAUCGAUACACACCACUCCGCUCGGAAGCCAUGACCAGGCCAUGAACAUCCCUCGUUACGUCGAUAACCCAAGGCCGUUGAAAAGCCCACGACACAUGAGUCAUCCAUCGAUAAGGAGUGCGGGCUCAGUAGCGAACACCGACGCCUCUCCAGAAUAUCGAUACGCCCCGUAUGCCCCCGUGAGCUCGAGUUCUAGCGAGGUUGCACAGCCCAGCUACAACCCAGAAACGUCUGGGCCACCUUCAGUGCCUGCAAGAGACUACUACGCGCCUGCACACACCUGGACAUCAGCGUCUGGGGAGCAUAGUACGAAUCUGGCAUAUGCCAGCACUGCCGAGUCUCGACCAUACCCUUUCCCUCAAGACGAGUACAAGAGUACGCCUGCGGGAUCGUCGCCAUCGAAGACCGAAUCGAGCCAGCCGCAGGGUUCGUCGGUCUACAACGGAGCCGCGAGAGGCUCUUUUGAUGCCAUGCAUCAAUAUUCCUGGAAUGGGAACUAGACUUCUAUGUCUUAUUUUAUCCACAGUUAAGAAGCUCGCGUUUGACGAUAUACAAAAAGUUGCCAUCAAAAGAUGUUGGCCUAACGAGAAGCAUGACAACCACUGGACUUGUGGAGCGCUUGGUUCGUUUGUCAGUGAGCUUGUAACAAUACCUACUGGAGUUUUUCUAUUUUUUUUAUUUUAUUUUUUUUUAUGACGGAUGGUGUUGGCAAUCUGAAUUGGGCGGCUUGAGUUGAUUUGAAACAUGGAUACCAGAAAGUAGACGGAGCCGGAGGCAGAGGCAAGAAUGAUGAAGAGUUAAUGGAGGUGAAAAGGAUUGGCCGAAGGAGAAAGAAGGAAGAGGAUUUGAUACACGAGGAUUGAUAACGGAUGACUAGAGGCUAAUGACGCUGGGGAACGAUGAGAACUGGUCAAUUCGAAACCUCUCAUUAAUGCAGAGCGGCUGGUUCUGCAACGAUUCGAGACGCCGUUGCAUAUCUGGGGCUAAAGGACGGUUCAGGCGAAACAAGGGCGUAUCUUCUUCUCUGAUGACUUUGUUUGUUGAGAUAUUCUUGUGGAUUUUCUCCUGCGGGUAUCAAUCUGCGGAUUGUACCAGCUCCGUCAUAGGGCGGUGUUUAUUUUGUCAAGUGGCAUGUCCAAAAAGUUGCCACUGAGCUCGAGUCCCUUAUGUAUCAAUGAAGUAGUUUAAAAAAAAAAAAAACAAUCGGAAUGUGAUGAAGGA